AUGGGGGGUGACAGUGAGUGGGGGGUGAUGGGGGGUGACAGUGAGUGGGAGGUGAUGGGGGGUGACAGUGAGUGGGGGGUGAUGGGGGGUGACAGUGAGUGGGGGGUGAUGGGGGAUGACAGUGAGUGGGGGGUGAUGGGGGGUGACAGUGAGUGGGGGAUGGCGGGGGGUGAUAAUACUGUGCCGCUCAACCGCAUGAGCCAUACCGGCAUGGCUCUGAUUGACUUUGGGAAGAACGCGCCUGCCCUUGAUGGAGGCUGGGAGGCCACAUCCACAUGCCUGCCUCUUUACUUCAAGGGCCAUACUGGCAAAGCUCUCCUUCUCUUUGAGGAAAACGCCAAGGGGUGGGAAGCCGCCUCGAAGCUGGACAAGACAUAUAGCCAGGCAGGGUUGGGGAGGAAGGGGUUCUCUAAUGGGAGGAGGGGCGAGACCAAGGAGUUGUUCGCGUGGGCGGCAAGGGAGCAGGAUUUGAAGGAGGAGAGUGAGAAGGGGCCGCUGGGGAGUGUGCUGCACAAGAAGCACAAGGCGACCAAGAGCUUGAGGGAGGUGUUGGACGAAGAGGAGUCAGUGAAGCGGCAGCAGGAGAGGGAGGAGAGGCGCGUGCAGGAGCGUGCGUAUAUGCGCCUAUCAGAGCGACUGCAGGACACAGAGGGGCGGCUCAAGGAGAUGGAAGAUUCUGCUAUGCAACUCAGGAAGAAGCACGAGCAAGAGUUGGCAGAGGCACACGCGCACACACAGGAGGUGGUGGAGAGGCAGAUGAGGAAUCGCAUGCGCGAGGUGCGGCGUAUGGAAGGAGAGGUGGAGUGGCUGCAACAACAGCUGGAGGCGAAGAGUGCUGACGAGAAGAAGACGAGGCGGAGGCUGGAGGAGCUGACAUGGAAGCUGAAGCAGCAGGAGAAGCAGGGGGAGCUGCAGCAGCAGCAGGCUCAGAGGCGAGCGCGCGAGAUGGAGGAACUGGAGGGGAUGUUUCAGCAGGUGCGGCUGAAAGUCGAGCAGAAGCACCGAAUGGAGAUACAGGUUGAGGAGGCCAAGGGCAAGCAGGCAGUAGCGGGGGUGGGGGAGGGGGAGGGGGAGGGGGAAUUGGAGGGGGAGGGGUCUAAAGAGGCGGAGGAGAGGCUGAGGCGGCUGGAGGAGGAGUUGGAGGAGGCGAAGGAGAUGGUGGAGGAGGAACAGGACCGGUUCUUUCGCCUGUCGGUGGUUGCGCGGGUCAAGGAUGACGACGUGUUGAAUGCCCGGAAGACCGCGCUCGAGUUUCUGAAGGACAAUCAGAAGCUUCUCAAGGCAGUGACCCUCCCAGGAGUACCCGAGCUGGUAAACAACCCUCCUGUGCGCCCCCAGACAGUGGGGCUGCUCAAGAAACCCCUCUGGCUCAAGGCCUACACGGCCUGCCGCACAUGCAAGGCGUGCCCCGCGUGCCGGGCGAAUAAGGCACUUAAAAAGUGCGAGCGGUGCAGGACGUGUGGGGUGUGCAAGGAGGGGAUGGAGGGUCGGGAGGAGCGGGACCCCAACUGGCAGGCGGAUUUCACUGUCAAGUUCUCCGCGUGGGAGGAGCUGAUCCGGUCCACUGAUUAUGACUUCUUUCGCGUACAAGAGAUAAAUGGAGUUGCCAAGCGUGUGUUCAACAGCACAGACGAGCUGGUAGCCAAGGCAAUGAGAGAGAUUGAGGCGGAUUUCGCGUGGGCGGGAGUGGCGGAUUUCAAGCGAGCUGCCGCAGAAAUCGAAGAGUACAACGCGAGUGGGCGGUACCCUGUUCUUCUGCUGGUCAGCACUGAAGGGGAUGAGGCGGAGGAGGGGAAUGGAGGAGGCGAGGGGAGUUGCGGUGGUGAGGGAACGGCAGGAGGGGAGCAGGCGGGAGCAGCAUUAGCAGGAGGAGGAGCGGCAGGGGGAGGAGGAGGAGGUGGUGGGAAAGGGGCAGGGGGUGGGGAGGAAGUGGGUGGGGUGAGGAAGGUAGCCAAGAUUGGGACUGUGGUGAGUUACCUUGUGGAUAUUCUGAAGGUGCUCAUUGCUGCUGCGCCUAAGGCAGAGGCGGUGGAGGGGAGGAAGAAGAGGAGGGCAGAGGAGAGUGUGGAAGGGGCGAGUGUGGGGGGGAGGGCGGGGGGAGGGGCGAGGGGAGGGAGAGGGGGAGGAGGAGGUGCAGAGGGAGGAGCAGGUGGAAGGGGAGGGGCAGGGGCAGGGGGAGGGGUGGGGGGAAGGGUGGGGGAUAAUUGUGCGAGCAUGGGUGGGAGGAAUCAGAGCAGCACGGUGGAGUGGAGAGGGGUGGAGAAUGGUUAUGGGGGAGGGAGAGGGGAAGGGAUCACUGCUGGCAAUGGAGGCAAUAGGGCAUUGGCCGCGAGUACUGUCAGACUCGUUAACGACAUAGUUGCGCCGGUGCGUGUUCCGGGCAUGAAUAGAACCAAUAAGGUCGGCGUUGAACAGGAGGUGUUGGGAACGAAAGUCGACCUGACGGAGAGAGGAGAGAAUGAGAAAUCGCCUGAUGCCGGGAGGGAGGAGAGGGGUAGAAAAAGGAAGGAGCAGCCUAAGCCUCCCAGUACCGGAGAUGCUGGCGAGUCGGAGAGGCGUCGACGCGAGAGUGGACUUGAAAAUGGCGGGAGGGAGGAGAGGGGUCAUACCGGUGACGGCGGUGCUGGCGAGUUGGAGAGGCUACGGCGGCGGCUGAAGGAAUGGGAGCGACGCCUCGCCGCGUCGCACGGCCGCGCGCCGUCCCGCGCUGACGUGGAGGCCGAUCAGGCUGUAGCUGAGCAGAGGUUAUUCAAUGCCCUCUUUUCUCCUCCCUCCCCACCAAUCCGUGUGGCAGCUGAGCAGAGGUUAUUCAAUGCCCUCUUUUCUCCUCCCUCCCCACCAAUCCGUGUGGCAGCUGAGCAGAGGUUAUUCAAUGCCCUCUUUUCUCCUCCCUCCCCACCAAUCCGUGUGGCAGCUGAGCAGUACGUCGCAUAUGCUCGGCUGAAGGAGCGGGAGAGGCGAAAACGGAAGAGGCCUCAAGAAGGGGCCGGUGGGCUUGUGGGUGGGGGGAGGAUUGGGAGUGAAGAGAAGAGGGAUGAUGGGGCUGAGAAUGAGAGAGAUGGGGCUAGCGGACGUGUGGGUAGGGUAGUUGGGAGUAGAGGAAAGAAGGUUGGGGGAAGUGAGGGUCGGGAAGUGGGGCAACGUAGGAGGCAGGUGGUGAAGGUGAAGGGACGGAAGCGAGUGAGAGCAGAGGAGAGCGAUGGUGAAGAGGAUGCGGAAGCUGGGGAAAGGAGGGAGGAGCAAGGUAACGAUGGCAAGGGGGGUGCAGGGGAGAGAGUGGGUGGGAGAAGAGUCACCCGGCUGGCGGUUCGGAAGGCAAAGGAGGAUGGGUUGGAGGGAGAGGAGAAAGGGGAUGGAGGGAGAGAGGGGGAGAACGGUAGUAAGAGGGGGAAGGGAAGUGAGUCUGGGAGUGACGGGAGUGAGGAGGAAAGUGAGAGUGAGAGUGGGAGCGAGAGUGGGAGUGACAGUGGUUCUGAUUGGGGGAAGGAGAGGGGAGGGAGCAGCAGCAGUGAGAGUGAGGAGGAGGAGAUGGGGGGUGAGGAGGUGGAGGGAGAGAAGCAGGAGAGGAGCGAGGCAGAUACAACAGAUAGAGUCGCAUUCGAUAGAGUCACAGCAGGUACAGUCACACGUGAGGGUGAGAGUGGAACAGAGGCUGAGAGGAGGAAGAAGCAGAGGAGGAUGGCUGCUGCUAGCGGCGCAGGUACCACUGGUGGUGGGCGAGGGCGGAUAGGUUAUGGUCUUACCAGUAGCAGGGGUGUUAAGGGCCGGCCUGGGUUGCAAGGGAGAGACAACUUUGUUCGCCUGAAUAUUAAUGGUAGGGGUGGGAAGAAGAGGUUUGGGAAUGGUACCAAGACGAGCAGGUUCGGGAGUAGGAAUGGUGGAGGGAGUAGGUUUGGGAGGUUCCGUGGUGGGUAUGGAGGGGGGAGGAGGAAGGGGGGUUACAGGAAAAAUGGGAAGGGAGGGGGGGCGGGGGAAGGGGGAGAGUGUGGGAUGGGCUUGGGUGGAUGGAUGGAUGAUGGUGCGAUGAUGGGGUUGGAAGGGGCAGGAGAGAAAGGAGAGAGGGGAGAGGCCAGGGAGGGAGGGGCAGCCCUCAAAGUGCGUCAAAUGGAGAAUGAGAGGACGGUGGGGAGAGUGGGAGGAGUGGCACGGAACGACAGAGCUGGAAGGGACCCUUCGGAGGGCAAUCUGUUGAGGGUGCUGCGGAACGUGUUUGGCUUCGAUCGGUUCCGCGAUGGACAGGUGGCGGCCAUCCAACGGGUGCUGCGCGGCCAAUCAACGCUCCUCGUGCUGCCAACUGGCGCUGGGAAGUCGCUCUGCUACCAGCUCCCAGCCUUCCUCCUCCUCGGCCCCGCUAGUGGCGUUAAUGCAAGACCAGCUGGCACACCUGCCGCUGUGCCUUGUCUUGUGCUCCCUUUGACACCCACUCAAAUCCCCCACAAACCCCGCAACCCCACUCCUCUCCCUCGCAGCUCCCAGCCUUCCUCCUCCCUGGUCUGCCCACUGGUGGCGCUCAUGCAAGACCAGCUCGCGCACCUGCCGCCCUGCCUGCCCGGUGCCCUCCUCUCGUCCUUCCAGUCACCCAGUGAGAGCGGUGCAGUGAUAGAGAGGCUCAGAGAAGGGGAGCUGAAGUCACCCGGUGAGAGCGGUGCAGUGAUUGAGAGGCUCAGAGGAGGGGAGCUGAAGGUGCUGUUUGUGUCGCCUGAGCGCCUGGCUGCGCCCUCCUUCCUCCUCCUGCUCUCCAGCCUGCCCCAGGGCGUGUCGCUGGUGGUGUUCGAUGAGGCGCACUGCAUUUCAGAGUGGUCACACAACUUCCGCUCGGCCUAUCUGCGCCUCUCCUCCAUCCUGCUCUCCAGCGGUCUACUGGAGAGGCAGGCAGCAGCACCUGAAGAAAGAAAGGCUGCAGCAGCAGCAGCGGAAGAAGCAUCAGACACCAAGGCUUCUUCUGCUGAUCCCUCUUUUGCAGAUGGUGGUGGUGGUGCUGCUGCUGUUGCUGCUGCUGCUUCUGAUGUGGAGGGUACCAAUGAUUGUCUACCUGGUGGUGACAACACUAACAGUAGUAACAUUCCCCGCAGGCCUUGCAUUCUUGCCAUCACUGCCACCGCCACGCGCCUCGCCACGUCAUCGCUCAUCGCAGCGCUGGGUAUCCCGCCGGGCGGCGUGAUUCGGCGCGGAGUGGUGCGGCCGAACCUGCACCUCUCAGUGUCAAUAACCGGGGCCAAAGGACUUGUGCCUGGGACUGGUUCAGGACCUGCUGAUGUGGUGGGAGAGAACAAGUGGGGGGGCGGGGCUGCAGCAGCAGGGCACAGCAGGCAGCGGGCACUGGUGGAUCUUCUUGCGGCUCCUCCCUUCUCUUCUGCCCGCAGCAUCAUCGUCUACUGCUCCUUCCAGGUGGGUGCUCCUUCCCAGUGGGAGGCUGAUGACUUGGCGCGCAUUCUUCGAGACAACCGGAUCGCAGCUCGGAGCUACCACGGUGGGUUGCAAGCAGGCGAGAGGACACGCAUCCUGCAGCGCUUCACAGCCAACAAGCUACGAGUGGCUGUGGCGACACUGGCGUUUGGCAUGGGCCUGGAUAAGGCUGAUGUUGGAGCGGUGAGUGGAGUGGCUUAUGGAUGGGAUGGAGCUAUGUGCAUGGGUUUAUGCAUGUGGGCGAAGCUGUCGCUACACUGGUGUGGCGUUUGGCAUGGGCUUGGACAGGGCUCAUAUUAA